AUGGACGCCAUGCACCUCCUGACGGCAGUACUGGGGCGCUAUGUGCCCGCCGGCGGCUCCGCCGCGCGGGCCAACCGCGGUGUCUGCGGCUUCGCUACCAGAGUUCGUGCGCGCACCAAGUUCUACAGGGAUCCUGUGGAGGCUGUGAAGGACAUUUCCGAUGGGGCGAAAAUCAUGGUCGGCGGCUUCCGGCUAUGUGGUAUGCGGGAAAACCUGAUUGGGGCUAAGACCCGCGUGAAGGACUUGAUCGUGCUCAGCAGCAACGUGGGCGUGGACGACUUCGGGCUGGGCCUGCUACUGGCGACUAAGCAGAUCAACCGCAUCAUCUGUUCCUACGUGGGCGAGAACGCGCUCUGCGAGCACCAGUUCUAGGCGGGCGAGCUGGAGCUAGAGCUGACGCCCCAGGGCGCCCUGGCUGAGCGUGUGGGGGCGGGCGCGGGGCCCGCCUUCUACGUGCCCACGGCCUACGGCCUACGGGACCCUCGCUCAGGAAGGAUGCGCCCCCAUCAGGUUCCACAGGACGGCCACAUCGCCAUCAUGAGUCAGCCCAGAGAGGUGAGGGAGUUUCCGGGGGAACACUACCUUUUGGAGCACGCCAUCACGGCGGAUUUUGCUUUGGUAAAAGAGUGGGAGGGCGACCGUGCAGGAAACGUCAUCCUCAAGGGCAGCGCCAAUUUCAACGUGCCCAUGUGCAAGGCUGCAGAAACCUCCCUAGUAAAGGUUGAAGAAAUUGUGGAUGUGGGGUCGUUUGCUCAAGACGCCCAUGUUCCUAACAUUUAUGUAGAUCGUGUGAUAGAGGGGGCAAAAUAUGAUAAAAGAAUUGAGCAUUUAACAAUCCAGACGGAGGCAGAUGGAAAAGACAUGUCUGUGAAGGACACAAGGGGGCGAAUCGUCAAACGGGCAGCUCUUGAAUUUGAGGAUGGCAUAUAUGCCAGUUUGGGCAUAGAGAUCCCCCUUCUGGCCAGCAACUACAUCAGCCCCAAUUUAAUUGUUCACCUUCACAGUGAAAAUGGAAUCCUGGGCUUUGGUCCAUUCCCAUUAAAAGAGGAGGUUGAUGCAGAUCUCAUCGAUGCGGGCAAGCAAACAGUCACCAUCUUUCCUGGAGGCUGCUUUUUCUCCAGUGAUGACUCAUUUGCCAUGAUCCGAGCAGGACACAUCCAUCUAACCAAGCUAGGAGCCAUGCAGGUUUCCAAAUAUGGUGAUCUGGCUAACUGGAUGAUCCCCGGAAAGAAGGCGAAGGAUGGGGGUGCGAUGGAUUUGGGGUCCAGUAUCAAGACCAAAGUGGUGGUCACCAUCCAGCACAGCACCACAGCCAAUCAACAUAAAAUCUUGGACAAAUGCAUGAUGCCCCGGCCUGGGAGGCGGUGUGUAGACCGAAUCAUCACGGAAAAAGCCCUGUUUGACGUGCACAAGAGAACUGACACUGAACUCUGGGAAGGCCUGACCGUGGAGGAGAUCCAAAAGAGCACGGGGAGCGCCUUUGCCAUCUCACCCCAUCUCAGACCCAUGCAGCAGGUGGCAGUUUAA